CGGGCAGAGAGAGGCUGCUGCUGCUGCUGUAGGCAGGACCAACUCAAAACAACUGUUGGUGAACAGGGCAGCAUGUCAUGCCUUAUCCACAGCAAAGGUCGACGAAAUAGCUCAAUUACAGGAAAAGUUCCUUUGAUAUAUUUUUUUUGUUAUUAUUAUUAUUUGAUUCUUCGUCCUUUUUAAAUCUCGAUGGCUGAAGCCCGGCGUGUAGAGGAGGGAGAGGGGGAGCGCAGAGACCAGCGGGACGUCCGGAGCAGAAGCCAGACAACAGAUCACCCUGAAAGAACUAAGCCGGAUCAUUCACAUUCAAGCCAAGGACCUCUGUCUUCCAUACGAGCUGCUAUCAAAAGAACAAGAACAAACUCUCAGAGUGACCUUACCAGAGAACGAAGGCGGCCAGAGAUCACAAUCGUCUCGGCAGAACCUCUGGCCAGUAGCAGCUGGUUCUCAGGAGCGUCUGUGGUUUUCCCUCCUCCUCAGUCAGGCUGGUCUGCGGGCAUUCAGACUGUUUCUCAGCCCCCACCAUCCUAUGACCAGGUGAUUCAGGAGAAGACCAAGGAAGAGCACAUCGUCAAACCCACUGCAGCCCCCCGCAGGACCACAAGCGCCACACAGACCGACCCUGUUAGGGAAGACACCUCCACACCACGGUGCAGUGCUACUCCACAGACAGCAGGGAAAAAACCCACUGGUAAAACACCAAAAAAACCACCUAGGCCAUCACUACCCAAACUAGCAGUUAAAGAACCAACCACUGAGACUGCUGGAACACCUUUACCCACAAGCACUGCGGGCCAAAGUUACUCCAAGACAGAUUUGAAGCAAAAGAAGCAAACCGAUUCCACACAAAGAUCUGUCAUUGUGCACUGGGAUAAUCCUAAAAAUCAUAUUCCUGCCCCUGCUGCUGAAACCAUUCCCUCUUGUUCCGACUCAGAUAGCAGUCAGCGCCCUGUUCCACUUCCUCGUACCAAAAAACUAAACAUAAGUGAUACAGAAGAGGUAAAAGUUCAACCUUUGGUCAGGCUCAGUGAAAGCUGUGACAACGUUCAAUCUGAUCCAGAAGAAGUCUCCUCAAAUAAGUAUUUAAAGGAGUUAUUGGAGGUUUUUAGUGCUGAUAACGAGUGUGAGGAAAGCACUGACGCUGCUAAUCAAUCAAAAGAGGCCUUACAAGGUGAAGAUGCUGGUUGCGAAAUGAGCACCAACCACAGUCAACGUGAUAUCCGUUCGAGGAUCCAGGCCUUUGAGAGCCAGAGUAGUGCAGAGGAGAGAAAUGUUGAGCCAUCCAAACCAGAACCCAAACCCAGGAAGCCAGCGAGCAAACCUGCAGUAGCUGCUAAACCUGCUCAAAGACCUGAAUUUAACCGAAGUACUGAAGAAUAUCAAAAUGUUACAAACACGCCCCAAACACCCCCGACACCAGCCCCGAAACCUCAGCCCCCAAAGAAACCAGUUGGACAGUCUGUAAGAGAUGAACUAGAGACUAUACACGACAAGGCGGCGAUCCCAAAGAGACGUCCAUCUGUACUGACAAGAUCCGAAUGCGUCUAUGAAGAUGAACCGAUUGCAGUUACAUCUCCUACACCUCCAGUGAGACCUGUACGGGAACCUUUGAAACCAAACCUCAACAUAAACAACCACAACUCAGCCUCCAUGACCAGAGAGAAUGUAUACGUGGAAAGUCCAACAAAUCACAGCCCGGCCAAGCCUCAGCGUAACGCUGACAGCAAUGGAGGAUCUUUCACCAGACAAACUUUAACACGGAGACCCACCACCAUUAGGGUCCCCAGUAAAACAGAUUCAUUUUCAGAUAAUUUCCAGGACAGACCCCCUCCCCUCCCUGCUCAGAGGCCUGUAGGUUACCCAAACACCUCAGUGAACCACAACCAAAGUCGGGUACAGGUCCUCCCCCUCCAGGAGUCUUUCCAAUCUGGACGGGAGCCUUCUCUACCAGCUCGGAGGCCAAGUACGAACCAAUCCCUUCCACGUCGCCCACCUCCGGCCAAAACAGGACCAGGAAGACCUCCCCCACCAAGCCCUCAGGCCACAAGUCAAUCCCACUUAUCAUCCCGGGACAUUUCACCUAAACUCAACUCACAGAAACCCCAAAGGACAGGACCUGCCUUACCUCCGAGGCCCAGCCCUGGCCAUCGUCUCUACAACAGCUACACUCUUGAACUGCCUCAUGGGAUUGCAUCCUUUGACUACAAUGGGAGUUAUACAGGAGAACUUUCGUUUCAGAAAAAUGAGGUGCUUCUGCUGCUAGAGGAUGUUGACCACAAUACAUUUGAGUGCCAAGUUGGAGACGCUAAAGGAAGAGUCAAUAAGUCUCGCUUGAAAGUCAUAACGCCGCUUUCCCCCUUCUCACACAUGUCCCCACAACAGAGUGUCGUUCCAGCAGGAUCAGGUGGAGCUGGGCUAAAGGUGCAGGCUGUACAUGACUUCAAUCCAGGUGGUCCAGGGGAGCUGGCUCUGAAAGCAGGAGAUGUAGUGACCAUGGUGGAGAAAGUGGAUAGUGAGUGGUACAGCGGCACCUGUAGAGGAUCAACUGGUUUCUUUCCAAUUAAUCAUGCCAAAGUUCUGUCAAAUUCACCAAAACCUCCCACAAGGCCACCGUCUGUAAAGAUCAGUGGCCCGAGAUGUGUUGCGAGGUUCGACUUCGAGGGGGAUCAAAGUGAUGAGCUGUCAUUCUCUGAGGGGGAUGUGAUCCAGCUGAUGGAGAUUGUAGAAGAGGAGUGGGCUCGGGGGAAAAAUGGCACCUCCACUGGAAUGUUUCCUCUGAGCUUUGUGGAGAUCAUUGAAGAUCUGCCUCCACCCCCAAAUCAGAAGCAGACACAGCCCAUCAGGAUACCACUGCCUGGCAUGGUGGCUUCCAAGAGUACACACCCUGAAGUUGUCAAACCUGCUCAGGCCUCUCAGUCCAGUGGGGAGUGGGUGGUGGCUCUGUAUGACUUUGUCGGGAAUUCAGAAGGCGACUUGUCUAUCCAACAGGGCGAUCGUAUCCUCAUCACCCAGCAUGUGGACGCAGAGUGGAGCUGUGGGCGGCUAAACGGCAGAGAGGGCAUUUUCCCCCGAGCUUUCAUUGAGAGCAGCACAGGCCCGCAGUCUAACAACCAGCCGCCUGUAGCUGCUGUUGGUGGCAGAGCCCGCGCUCUGUUUAACUUCACAUCAGACUGUGAUGAGGAGCUCUCUCUGAAGGUCGGGGAUAUCAUAACCAAUGUGGAGUCUACAGAUGAUGAAUGGUUCCUUGGGGAUCUAAAGGGGAAACGGGCCCUGGUCCCAAAGAACUAUGUACAAGUACUGUGAGAGCACCAUGCGACUUUCAAAACAAGAGAAGACUGUUUUAUGAUCAAACCCAAGGAGAGAUGUUUUCAGCUGUGGAGAUGAACACUGGAAUGCAACAUCUAAUCUUCACCUGCUGCCUUAACUGAAAAAAAUUGUCUUAUGUAUAACUUAUUUUUAAAUAAAUGACUAAUGCUGACUGGAAAAUUUAA